ACACCUUUUCAACGAUCUCAUUCAAUUACCAUGUCUUCAACCAAGAUGAUCACUCUCAAGAGCCACGACGGAGAAAUCUUCGAAGUAGAAGAGGCUGUGGCUCUUGAAUCGCAGACGAUCAAGCACAUGAUCGAAGACGGCUGUGCCGAGAACGCAAUCCCUCUUCCGAACGUGACAGGCAGCAUUUUGGCAAAAAUUAUUGAAUACUGUAAGAAGCAUGUGGAUGCAGAAGCGAGUUCCGAUGAUCUUAAGGAAUGGGACGCGGAGUUCGUGAAGGUUGACUCGGCUACGCUAUUCAAUAUCAUAUUAGCUGCAAACUAUUUGAAUAUACCGAGUUUGCUGGAGCUUACAUUCCAGGCAGUGGCGGAGUUGAUGAAGGGGAUGACACCAGAGGAAGUUCGAACGAUGUUUAAUAUUAAGAAUGACUUUACUCCAGAGGAAGAGGCGGAAGUUCGUCGGGAAAAUCAAUGGGCUUUUGAAUGAUAUCGCAAUUUCUUUCUUCACAA